AUGCUCUUGCGCGGCGCGCUCAUCGGCGCGCUCCUCUCUUGGGUCGCCGCUCGUGCCACGACUGCUGCGGGCCAGCUAUUCCUCCCAGUGCCGCUCCUCGGCUACUUCCGCGCCGACGCUGGCCUGCUUCUGGUCGCGCUCGCCUGCACCGCGGCCGCGCUGCUGCCUUGGUGGCGACUGCUUCCAGCCACGUGCGUCGGUCUUGCCGGCCCGAUGGCACUCUUCGCCGUGGGUCUCGACCCGCCGCGCUUUCGGCAUGGAGGCGACAAGCCCGUCCAGGUGCUCAACGGGUCGACGGCGUACUUUGUGUCCGUCGCUGGCGCCCUGAGCCCUGCGGAAUGCGCGGCGCUGGUCCGAGCCGUGUGGGACGUGCGGCCGUCGUGGACGCAUGCGUCGCACGCGGGCGCGCUGCGCGCGCUGGCGUACUUCCACUUCCCGUGGAGCGCGAACUUUGACAAAGGGGACGACCCCGCAGAGGCGCGCUGCCACGCGCCUCUGUGGUCCUUCUCGUACGGCCUGCGCUUCCUGAUGGGGCACGAGUCGCACCACGCGACGCACCCGCAGGGCGCAGAGCGGCGUGCAGCUCUGCUGCGGGAACCUUCCUGGACAGUUCUUGGACCCUUCCUAGACCGCUGCUCGAAGCGCCUAUACGUAGGCGCGCAGCCGUCGCGCGGGAAGCAAAGCGCCUCUUCCCGCUCUUUGCGCCGCUCCGUCGCGCGCUCGCGGCCCACUUCAACACCACCGCCGACCGCGUCAUCUUUGGGGGCGACGACGGGGGCUGGGAGCGGCUCGGCGCGCCGUCGGUCCAGGUCUACUUGCCGAACAUGCUCUGGCACACGGUGCACAACAGGCACACCGACGCAGUCUACGUGCGCCACCUGCGCCGCUACCUCGGAGGCCCGCGUUUCGACGAGCUGCGCUGCUCUGCCGCCACCGCCACCUCCUUCCUGCUGCCGCUGGUCGCCCCGGCCGGCGCCGGGCUGCUCUACUACGACGCGCCUCGCGGGCAGAUCUCGGAGAACGAGCACAGGUACACAGUGGGGACGCUGCACGCCUUUGCGGUCUGGACCCCCCACUCGAUCCGCCCAUGGCCGUACCGCGAGUGGGCCGCGGGCGAGGCGCGCGUCACCGUGCAGACGUUUGGGAUACGGUGUGGCGAGUGGUGGGUCAUGUACCACUGAAACCCAUAUUCACAGACCUUUUGUUGUGCGGAAGGAGAGAAUCCGCUCUCCUAUUGCUAGAGGAUUAUUGGAACUUUGGAUGCAUAUCGGCAAGCCAAAA